GAAACACCAAAACAGAGUAAGAAUGGUUGCAGAAUUAGUGCGUCAGGUCAGUUUCAGUUUGGCUCUAUUGCUAACUAUUGAGUUGGCAAUAGCAGCGCCACCGAUGUCGAAGCUGAAAUGUAAAGACCAUUGCGGAAAUAUUAGUAUUCCAUACCCCUUCGGAAUGGGUAAUAAGGAUUGUUAUUUCAACGAAUGGUUUGAGAUCAAGUGCAACGAAAGUGCCUACCCUCCUACAGCUUUUAUAGCUAGUAUAGAAAAGGAGGUCUUCUAUAUUGAUGUUGGUGGCAGGGCUAUCGUCAGAAGUCCAAUAAUAUCCUCGAACUGUUCCGGCAGGAAGGGCGAUGAGCCUAUCAACUUGACAGGAAGUCCUUUCUAUAUUUCCAUCUGGAACUCAUUCAUUGCAGUAGGUUGCGACAUCCGUGCUUUAUUGAUGGAUGAUCCGCUCCUACGCAUUGGGUGCGACUCAAGAUGCCAUGGCCAAAAGGACAUUGAUUUGCGAGAAAUGCUUCCUAAACUUCAAACAAUUGAUUCCAAUGGAUAUAUGUUCGCAGGAAGCGAUUGUAAUGGUACCGAUUGCUGCAAGACUAGCGUGCCUUCAGCCAAUCAGAAGGUUUUCCAUCCAAUUUUCAAUCAAAGCACAGAUGGUUGCAAGCUGGCAUUUUUGGCCAUUGACGGGGGAAGUCCUUUUGACCAGUUUCUGGUUCCAAGACAUCCUUAUGUCCAGUUUCUGAUGCUGUUAGAUUGGACGAUCAAUUCCACCCUAAUGCGAGCUGUUGACAAUGAAACCGCAGAUUGCUACAACAACGCUGGUGUCAACGCGUCGGAAUUCCAGUUCAAAUGUCGUUGCAGGGAGAGUGGGUAUGAGGGAAAUCCUUACAUUGGAUGCGCAGAUAUCGACGAAUGCGUAAAGCAACAGGAUUAUUUUUGUCAGAGAUUAACAAAAUGCGUAAAUACUUAUGGGUCAUAUAAAUGUGUUCCAGACCCAAAAUGGAUUAUCAUUACAGUCGUAUGUGGAGUUAUUGGAGUCUUGACAAUACCCUUUGGUUGUUGGAGGCUGUACAAGCUUAUAAAGAAAAUAAGGAACAUCCAACUCCAGAAAAAGUUCUUUAAACGCAAUGGCGGCUUGUUAUUAAAGCAACAACUAACUCUAAGUGAUGGUAGUGUUCAGAAAACAAAACUAUUUAGUUCAAAAGAGUUGGAAAAGGCCACUAAUCGUUUUUGUGAGAACAUGAUACUUGGCCAAGGUGGGCAGGGUACAGUUUAUAAGGGAAUGCUAACAGAUGGAAGAAUUGUUGCUAUCAAAAAGUCCAAAUUAGUUGAUGAGGAAAAGGUACAAGAAUUUAUUAAUGAGGUUGUCAUUCUUUCCCAAAUUAAUCACAGGAAUGUAGUUAAGCUGUUGGGAUGUUGUUUAGAGACUGAAGUUCCUUUGCUAGCUUAUGACUUCAUACCUAAUGGAUCUCUUUUCGAAUAUCUCCAUGGCCAAAGUGAGGAGGCUCCAUUACCAUGGGAAAUGAGAGUGCGGAUUGCUGGUGAAGUUGCUAGAGCACUUGCGUAUUUGCACUCAGCAGCUUCUAUUCCUAUUUAUCACCGCGACAUUAAGUCCACAAAUGUACUCUUAGAUGAGAAAAGCAGAGCAAAAGUAUCAGAUUUUGGAACUUCUAGAUCGAUUGCCAUCGAUCAAACUCAUUUGACAACUCAUGUGCAAGGUACUUUUGGUUAUUUGGAUCCAGAGUACUUUCAAACCAGUCAAUUUACAGAAAAGAGUGAUGUUUUUAGUUUUGGAGUAGUUCUGGUGGAGCUUCUAAGUGGACAAAAACCAAUUUAUUCAAGAAGCUCAGAUGAAAUCACGAGUUUAGCCACAUAUUUUAUUCUUUUGAUGGAAGAGACUAAAGUCUUUGAUAUCAUUGAUGCUCGCAUUGUGGAGCACUGCCCUGAAGAAGAAAUUAUUGAAGUUUCUAAUCUUGCAAAAAGAUGGUUAAAUUUGAGUGGAAAGAAACGACCUACAAUGCAAGAAGUUGCAGUGGAGUUAGAAGGCAUCCAAGCAUCACGAAGUAAGAUGAAUAUUCAACAAAAUAAUGAAGAGAUUAAAGACGCUCUAUCUGAUGAUGCUUCUAUUACAGAUAGUUGUGAUACUGAAGACACCCUAACUGAUGAUAUUGCUAUUGCAGUUAGUUGUGAUUUUAGUAAUGUUAAAGCUCCAUCAAUGAAGGUCGAACCUCUUAUUGCUAACAAAACUUGAUGAUCAUGAAGAUUAUAUAUCCAUCAAAGCAUACGUUUCACUUUGUUUCUUGAAUUGGAUUUAGCGUUUACUAUUUUCUUUUUGUUUCCUCUUUUUUAUGAACGUUUUUGAAGAUUUCUAGCCUUUCCUUUGUACUUUUUUCUUUUUUUCAAAUUAAGAUAUUUGGGUGACUAUUUAAUAAAGAUUUAUAGUCUUUUCUGUUAA